GAGCUCCCUCCACUAGCGCGGCCGAAGCACAAGACGAAAGCACAGGAUGCAACCUACAGAACUGAUAAGCGUACAGCUCUCUUCUCCAACUGCUAUUGGAUGGUCACUAAGAGGGCUGACUGGAUUGGCUGAGGUUUCAAAAUGAGUACAUGCGCUAUCAGACUGAAGACAUGGUUGUCGUCAACCUGGCAUAUUACAGUUCCAGAUCCCUGGUUAGAAGCUUGCAUUAACUGGAUUCAAGAAGAAAAUGGGGGUUCGUCUCUCUCCCAGGCUGAAGUAAAUAAACAGGUUUUCGAGCAAUGGCUUCUUACUGAUUUAAGAGACUUGGAAUUUCAAGUUCUACCAGCAGGUGUCUCGGAUUCUCUAAAAUUUGAACUAAGUGGGUUCUUUGCAAUACAGAUAGAUUCCCUAGUGGACGUUAGCCUACCUGCAUAUUCCCAACUGCAGAAACUGAAAGGAAGGGAAAAUGCAAAUGACCAGGUUACAGCUACGACACAAGCAACACAGCAUUCAUGGGAAUCAAAACCAUCUCGAAUGCUCAUGCUACAGUUAACGGAUGGAGUUCAAAACAUUCAGGGAAUGGAAUACCAAACUGUACCAGUGCUUCAUGCUGGACUUCCACCAGGAACAAAGAUACUGUUACAGGGUACCAUAUUUUGUCGUCUAGGUGUACUUCUCCUUAAACCAGAAAACGUAAAAGUUCUUGGAGGCGAAGUGGAAGCUCUGGUGGCAGAAUAUGCACAAGGUAAAGUUCUUUCAAGGUUGAUUGGCGUGGAAGAAGAGCCUUUGCCACAGCGAACACCGGUGCAAAAUCAAGUUACAGCACGUCCACAAGAGACAAUUGCGCAAGCUAUAGACUUAUCAGAUGAAGAUCUACUGGCCAGUCUUAAUGAGAAUGAAGAGUUCACAAUCAACAAUAAUACAGUUCCUGAAAGUGGCUACUACAGUAGAAGUGAGAGUUCAGAUCACAGUUCAGCCCUCUCAUACAUGGAACACCAACAAACACAAGUUUCAAAUAUUAGACAUGCACCGAUCAUAGCCUCCAGUGAAACUGUCCAAGCAAGUAAUGCAGAAGAAAUUUAUGAUUUAGAUGACGAUUUAUUUUUAGAAGAAGAAAUUCUGAGAGAAUUAGAAGAGAUGGCGGUGGUACAGCCCAGGAUCACCAACAAUUCAUCUGCAAGAACAGUUAAUUCUACGGCCAUUACUACCAAUUCUCCAUCUUCUUAUCAAACAUCGGUGUCUGAAGUAGCGUUUGGUCAACUAAAUCGUCCCCCAUUUACCUACUUGUCAACUGUAUUGACUUGCCUAAACACUGAAGUCAAAUGUGUGAAGUUAAAGUCCUUUAUUGUGACUUUAAAUGGAAAUCUUACCAGUAGUAGUGGCAUCUGGAGCAUCAAAGCCAAGAUAUCUGAUGGCACGGGAUACCUAGAUGUUGACUUCAGUAAUGAAGUCCUCACAAAACUUAUAGGGUUUUCGGUGAGUGAAAUGAAAAGGCUUAAAAAGGAUCCUAGCCAGCAGAAUAAACUUUUAGAUGGUCUUCAGAAGUGUCAGAGGAUGCUGACCGAUUUCUGUGGGAUAAUGACUGUUUCAUACAACCCUACAACAUCUGAAGCCAAUGUGCUUGAAUUACAAGAUGUCAGCGAAGAAAUUAGUGUAAGUUUAAGGAGACGCCUGAAUCAGUAAGACGUAUUGACUGCAUCUUCCCCAUUUAAUUGGCCGUUCGUAUGGCUAAGUGUGCCUCUUUGUAAAACAAAUGUAAAAAUAAGUUGUAAAGAAUGUUGCGUUGAAUAUGUUGGAAAUUACUAUUCGAUGCAGACCUAUUAAUGAGUACCUGGAUGUCUUCUAUUACUUUUGUAUCAAAAUAGCCUUGUCUUACAAGUUCCUGCAAGAUCAUUGGUAAGAGAGCCCUUGGAGUGACAUUGAGGCUGAAUUUUUAUAUACUGCUUUCCCUCAGGUGGCAAAAUGCGAGAUUUACUGUGUUAUUUUAUAACUGAUGUGCACUUAGGGCUCAUGCACACGGCCGUAACCAUUUUUGUGGUCUGCAAUUUGCAGAUUUUCAAAACAAGGAUACCAGCCCUGUGUGUUCCGCAUUUUGUGGAAUGGACUGUCCGGCCCAUAAUAGAAUAGUCCUAUCCUUGUCCGCA